AUGGCCGUAUCUGUCUUGUCCAAUUCGAGAGAUUAUUUGGAAGGAGCAUUGACCCAUACUGCGCAAGUUGAUUUAUCGUGCAUAUCAGAGGAAUCUUUAAUAGAGCAGGUUUUGUGGCCUACGGCCCAGGAAGCGGCGCAAUGGGCAGGUUCCCACAUUGCUGCAAGAAGAUCCUGUCGGCAGAAAUGCAACUUGAAUUUGGUACGCCAUCCGUCAACUCUCCACUCUCGAACUCCUUCUCUUCGAAAAUGGGAUCGCGGCAUGCUCUGUGUCAGUUAUCGCAAAUCAUGGAAAGCUAAAGCCAUGCUGGAAAAACAGGCGCCUCAUGUCAAUAAAGCUCCAGUCUUGAAUAGCAAGCAGUGGACAUGCAACGCUCUCGAAAUAUAUGAAAACCCUCCCCCUCCUUACGGUGACGCAGCGCUUGAUGCGCCUCCGGACUACUCACCUACCGAUCAAUUGGCCAGUUCGCGGGUCGAAUCGCCUUUGACGCCCCCUCCUACCUAUUCAAUAUGCAGAGUUCAGCGCAAGUCUCUUGAGAUUGAAGACCUUACAAGUCCAAUCAAGCUUGAUUUUUCGAAUGCCUCAAAUGCUCGGACACACAAGGGAGGCAAGAACAAGAAGAAAAAGAAACCGAAUAACAACAAUAACAACAGCAAGCAAAACAAGGCUGGCGAUUCGGAUCAUGAGCAAGAAGGAAACGAAGGAGCAGGGGAAGAAGGGAGUCAGAAUGGAGGUGGCGGCGAUGGUGGGGGAGAUGGCGACGGCGACGGCGACGAUAAGAAGGAGCCUAACGUGGCUGUUGACGAGGAAGAGGAGGAGUUGAAGAAGCGAGAGGAGGCCGAAAAAGCAGAGCAAGAAAAAAGGGCUGAAGAAGAAGAAGCUGCUGCUGCUGCUAGUGCCGCCGCUGCCAUUGCAGGCGAGGAUCCAGAUCCAGACGAAGAAUGGGGCUUUGCGCCUCCAAAGAAGAACAAGAAGAAAAAGAAGGGCCAGGCGGCCGCUGAAACAGUACCUCCUCCACCUCCGCCUCCGCCGGCCCCGGCAGCCUCAAAUGAGCAAGGGCAGGAUUUUGAUGAUGUCAAUUUGGAUGACCCGACCCCCAAAAUUGAACUUAAUUUUGGGAGUGGAGAUGAUAACAAAGGCUCAGAUGGGUUCUCUUUUGGAAGCGGCACCUGGGGCGGCUGGGGCAAUAGCGGGAAGUGGGGCAUGGGUAAUACAGAUAAUGCAAGCGGUAUCGAGAUUGUCGACGAAGAAAAGUCCAAUGAGCCUCCCGAGGGAGAGAGCCCAUGGGGCGUAAGUACUGGCAAGAAAGGGAAAAAGAAGAAAAAUACUUCUCUUGACUUUGACGAUUUUGGAGAGUCCGGCGAUCCUCCGGCUGGCGAUGGGAUAACGGAAGAGAAGCCAGAAGAGAAACAACAAGACAACCCGGGGGAUGAAUUCGCUGAAUUUACUACUAUGUCUAGGAAGGAGAAAAAGAAGAAGAAGAAAGAGGCCAAAGCUGCAGAAGCAUUCGCCGAAAUCAAACCUGAGGAGCCAUUGAGUGGUGACUUUCCAGAUUCAGAAAAGAAGGCCGUCGACACAAACAACGAAAUGGGAGAAGCUCUAAUUGAUAUGGGCCCGGCGAAGGACGAUGAACAUGUUACUUCUCCAGCGCCAGAACCGGCAUCCGACUUUGCGUGGGGAGGAUGGGGAGAAGUAUCCAAGAAGGAUAAGAAGAAGAAAAAGAAUGGUGGUGCUGCGACUGAAGCCACCGACGGAGGCGCCGGUGAAAAGCCUCUGGAGCCCGACUGGAUGAACUGGGAUGGCGACAAGGCAAAUGACGAAGUACAAAAUCAGGACGAAUCACUGCCUCCGCCGCCGCCAGCUCCCGAGGUGGUAGACAGCUCCAUGGGUGCCAAUGAGUGGGCAGGAUGGGGUAAACCAAAGAAGGCCAAGAAAGGAAAGAAGGGUGCAGAAACAAUCGCCGAGCCCGAAGCUCCUCAAGACUCUGUUGAGGACAAUAUCAUGAAACCAGAUGCCAUUGAUGAGCCCAAGGGCGCGGCAGCUGAUGAAGGCUGGGGCUGGAAUUGGGACAAGCAGAGCAAGAACAAUAAGCAGAAGAAUGACCCUGUCGAGGUUGUUGACGAUGAUCCAGCAGAAUCUUUGAUGCAGCCAGACUCAAUCGUGGAGCCGAAGCCGGUCGAUGAUGAUUGGGCCGCAUGGGGAACUACGAAGAAGGACAAAAAGAAGAAGGGCAAAAAGGGAAAUGCGGGCAAUGCACCACUAGACCAGGAGCCAAUGCCUCCGCCGCCACCACCCGCUCCAGCGGCGCCGAACGAAGAUGAGUUUGACGGCGCAAACCUCGAUGCACCAGCGGCAGAGGAAGAUCCGGAUGAGAUUGUUGCAAUCGUUGACGAAUCAACGAACACGGUAGAGAAGCCUCCUCGAGAUAGUGCUUUUACAACAGCCAAAAGCUUCUGGGGAAGUUUUGGACUUGGUGGUGGCAGCACGGCCGGUUCCAAAGCGAAAAGUGCCAAGGAGAAAAAGAAGGAGGAGGAACGGUUGAAGAAGGAGCAAGAGGCGAAGGCUAAAGAGGAGCAAGAGGAAAAGGCAAGACAGGAAGAAGAGGAAGAGGCAUUGAGAGAAGAGCAGAGGUUGAGGGAGGAGGAAGAGGAGAGAGUUAGAAAAGAAGAGGAGGAGAGAAAGCAGCAAGAGGCUAAGAGGGAGGCAGAAGCCCCAAAGGGGAAGAAGGCAAAGAAGGCUGCGAAAAAAGCAGCAAAAGCUGCCAAGGAGAAAGAGCCAGAGCCCGAAUCUGAGCCUGAAGUCAAAGUCACAGAUGAAGGUCAGGCAGCCGACGAAGUCGUGCCAGAAAUUACACCGAUUGAAAAUGAAGAGUUCGAUCUACCGGAGCCUGUCCCAGUCGAGGAAAAGAAGACAGACGUAUGGGGUUUCUGGGGUAGUUCCCGCAGGACAACAAAUAAGGCUGACAAAAUUCCCAAGGCAUCCAAGGAGGAGAACCUCACAGCCAAUCAAGAACUGGCGCUUAACGAACCGAGCGUGUCAGCUGCCGUUAUCGAUAAACCGCCCCCACCCGCGGUAGCGACAUCAGCAAUCCCCGGUAAGACUGGAGCUGGAAAGCCAAAAGGUCCUGGAAAAUUAUCGGUCGCUGAUAAAAUCAAAGCAUUUGAAGGAGGCAAGGUUGUAGAAGACGAAGCUGCCGAACCCGCGCCGCUUCCGCUUUCACCUCCGCCUGAGCCUGAAUUUCCGCCCCAGGAGGACCCGGGCCCCAAGAAGAAGUCUAAAUCCAAAUCCAAAUCUGCCAAAGCACGCGAGAGCAUUCUAUCGGAGCGGAAGCCUGAGCCUGAGCCUGAGCCAGAAGCACCAAAGGAAGAGGCAUCUGCUACUGUUCCUGGGAGCUUUCCUUCUGAAUAUGCAGACGAUGACAUCGUAGAAGUCAUUGAUCUUGGCGCCGCAUCAGGUGGCGCUGGUGCUGUUACUGAGGAAUCUCCUGCGCCUGAGUUUGACUCUCAACCAGAGCCCGUGCCAGAGCCCGAACUAGAGCCUGUGCCAGCAGAUGAUCAGCCGGCCAAGGCAGCUCCGCAAUCCGCUAAGAAGCCGCGUUCAAAGAUUGUGAGGGAUGAUAGCGCUCUCUCUUGGGGCUUUUGGGGUUCCACACCGAAAAAAGGCGUGAAGAAGCAGCCGGCUACACCAUCCGCGAAAGAGACAACCCAACCCCCGGGCCUGUCGACCAAGGAUUCUUCUGGAGACAAGGUACGUGAGAUAUCGACUCCGAAAACUUCUGAAGGCGCCAGAGCAGUCAAGCCAAAGCAAAGACAAACUCCAUCCAGAGGUCUGAGCUUCGCGCAGCUGCUUCUUGGCACGCCGCCGCCGCGAACCAAGGCGCGUCGCGUCAACUCUGGACGUCAGGGUAACACUCGGCCUCAGUCAACGGAUAACGAACCGGCAAGUGUGGAUCCCACUCCAGAACUGGAAAAGGAAGAGCCAGAAAUGGUCCCCGAAGCAGUGGAAACAGUGGAAAAAGAGCCAACGCCGCCUCCCCCGCCCCCACAUCCGCCUGCCGCAAUUGUGGAGCCUACAUCGAUUCCAGAACCGGUCGACCCCGUAGUCCCUGUAGAACUAGUAGAUGCAGGGUCAGACCCUGAUGACGUUGAUGAACCAGAGCCGGUCCCAGAGCCCAUAGAGCCCCUAGAAACCAUGGUUGAUGAUGACGACGUGGUCGUUGUGCCACCUCCUGCUGACGUACCUGCUACCAUGGACCCGCCAAGUCGGAAGAAAUCUUCUCGUAAUAAGGACCCAAACAGAACGAGGAGUAGUAGACGCAGAGAGCACCAUCGUCUAUCGCGGGCGGAAGAUCAAAUGUUCACUCAUCAAGAUGCCGCUGUCCUGCGUGACGCUCCCGCUCACCGUACAGACGAGCCUGAGAUUCCCAAUGGUCCAGACGAUCUUACCUUUGUAGAAAGACCGAGAGAUCAACCAUUGAAGCGCUCCAUGUCUGCCGCAAAGCCUACGGAGAAGCUAAUGAGCCUGUUCGGCUCAUUCAAGGCUAAGAGUAGCUCACGACCUCAGAAUGAGGAACGCCGAAAAAGUAAGUACAUGUACGAAAGUGAAGAUGGUAUGGCUCGCCGAGCGCGCGUCUCACUAGAAGACGAGGAGAUGCAGCGUCAAAGUCGUGAGGAACGAAGAGCCCGUCGCACGGCCCGCCGGGCAGCCGCAGCAGAGCAGGACGCAGCAGCUGGGUUUGUCGCAGAGGGAGCCGCCGGUGGCGCAGUCACAGAUGUCGAAGAGGAGCAUCCAAGGCGGGAGAAACGAAGAUCUCGACGAGCAGAGAAAGAAGCCGCUGAACGAGAAGCGCGACAGGCUGAAAUCCGGCGUUUGGAAGAGAAGCAAGCUAAACGGCGAGAGCUCGAAAAGGCCGAAAUGCGAGUCAAAAAAGCAAAGGCGAGAGAAGAUCGCGAUCGAAGGCUUCGUGAAGAAGAAGAGGCGGAGCAAAAAUACCAAGAGGAACGCCGUGCUCGAAAGGCUGCAAAGGCAGAACGCCUAGCCCAAGAGGAAGAAGCUCGCAGGGAAGCAGAGAUUAGGCAUGCCGAAAAGAAAUCUCGUCGACGAGAGCGCGAGCAGCAGCGAGAACGGGCCCUUGCUAUGGAUGACGAGGCUGCGGCAGUCGAGCAUCGUCCGGGUAAACCGGAGCGCAGGCGCUCACAUGCCGUGCGGACGCCAGAGGAGGAUCCGGAACGUGCUGAACGUCGUCAACAGCGACGAGAGGAGCGCGAACGUCGCCGUGCUUCUGCUGCCAUUAGUGCUGGUGGCGCUGGUGGGACAGCUUCCUACGCACGUACGCCAGGCGAGCCUCAUUCUUCCAGUCGUCGCCGCAAAUCCUCCACCACUGUCCCACCCGCUGGAAACCCAGUUGAAGAUUAUUUUGAUCCGCGCAAUAGCGCCAACACUCGCGGACACGCACCCGUCGAGCUGGACGACUACCACGCAUAUCUCGGCCAAACCUCUACAAUACCUUACUUUGGCAGUCGUGCGACAGACAAGACCACUUCGUGGGUCGAACAAGUGAAUGCAUCCCCACCACCUCCUCCGCCCAUUGAACCCACCGUCAUUGAACCGCCUCCUAUCGUCAUGUCCGGAGCUGUCGGUGGGGCCGCCGGUGAGAGUCGUCAUAGUCGGAGCGCCCGCAGUCGCGGAAGCCGAGGCACGCGGAGUCGCGGCAGCCACGAGCACCCUGGCGAAGUUGUCGAAGAUCCUCUGGCCGACGACGAAGACGAAAUUGCGCGUCGCGAACGACGUCGAGCUCGCCGCGAAGCACGUUACGCAGGCAUGGCCCCAGAGGAGGUUGAGGAGCGACGUCGUAGACGCGAGAGUCGACGUAUCGAGCGCGAACGUCUUGCUGCCGCUGCAGUCAGAGGCGAGGUCCCUCUCGCGAAUGGACAGCGGAGCAGCGAAGGCGGUGGAGUCCCCGCGGAUGGUGGACCUUCAUACUACGACAAUUACGCUCCCGCCGGCGACAAGUACGACAAGUAUGAUCGCUAUAAUGACAACAGAUACGAUGAUCGAUACGCCACGCCUCGUCGCAAGAGCGAUUACUACGCUACACCACGCACAUUUGACGGAAAAGUGCCAACGCCCAAGAAGGAGAGCUGGUGGAAGAAACUUACCACCGCUGUUUAG